AUGGCGAACAUUAUGGUGACUCUCAUAACCAGUGAGAAGGUACUCCCCACCAAGUUCACAUUGAAUUGUCCUCAAGCCCCUUGUUGGCACUACUGGCAAGGACAUUGCUAUUGCGUUGAAAGGAGUCGUACUGGAACUUGGAUUGAAGCAUUGCGAUACUGCAAACGAUAUCGAGACACAGAACUAUUAACAAUCACGAAUCCUUCAGAAAAAAUGUGGAUUUUACAGUUGCCUCUGGACAAUUUUUGGAUUGGAUUGAAUAAUUUGGAAGAUAUGACUAAUUUUAGAUGGUCCGAAGGAUCACCAGCAGAUCUGACAGCACCCUGGUCUUGGAUCACACACCCAGUUCAGCCAAACACUACGUACUGUGUGAAAAUUUCUAACGGCAACUUGAUUCCUUUGGACUGUAAUGCCAAGGCCCAUUGGAUAUGCAAGAGAAGUGCAGAUGUUGAGCGAUAUCAAGAACAUAAAGCCAAAGUCCUUCUCUCAUCAACACGUGAUCCAUUAGAAGUACAUGCAGAUUUGCACUUUGCUAAAGAAGCCUGCCUGGAACUUAGGGAGAAGUGCACAGGAAUUUCUACCUGGCAGAAUGCUUAUGUCCUUGCUAGAGGAACAGAAUUGAUGAAAAGUGAAGAGAGCAAUUCCUACGCCUACGUAAAAUCAGAUUGUGCUAUGGGUUACUUCGGAAAGGAUUGUUCGUCUGUGUGCAGUUUAUGUUACAAUAAUGGCCUCUGCAAUCCAUACACAGGCACUUGCAAUGAUUUCCACUUUUGCAGUGCCCAGAGUGCACCAACAGCCUGUCAAAGAGAAAUGAAAAGUGUAUGGUGCCCACGUUUUCCUGGUUGGUCGUAUUGGGAAGGCAACUGUUACUUUGUGAGCACAGAAGCCUCUGUCAGUUGGGUAAAAGCAAGGCAGAUGUGUAGAAGAUUCAGAAGUGCAGAUCUGCUGUGGAUUGGGAGUCAAAAAGAACUGGUAUUUCUUAUAUUUGGUGGGGAAGUGUGAAUGAAACACAAAAAAAGAAGAAAAUUCAUAUAUAUUUUCCAUUGUCUGAACUAUAAUCUUAGACUCGAAUCUAAUGUUUUAGACCUUGCAGCAGUAAAUACCACUGUAUUCAAAAAAGGCAUGCUGUCUUAUGUCAUUGAUAGGCUUGGCUGUUGUCUCUAAUUACAUCUGAAACUUUUUGGAUUGGACUGAAUAGCAGGCAGCAAGAGUCUAUAUGGAUUUGGUCAAAUGGGAACUCAGCAGCCAAAGAACUUCACUGGUUACCGAUGUCUGGAGAGUCAGCUGGAAGAUGUGCCGGUAUGAAAUCAACAUCCUCAAGUAUUUUGAAGUUAAACUGUGAGAAUGAGCACAGGUGGCUCUGUAAGAAAACUGAAUCACCAAACAUUUUUGAUGCGUUUCUUGAGCAAUACCUAUCAGGGCCGCUUUCAUCAAAGAAAAUAUAUGACUCCCUUCAUGAUGCCAAGAUAGACUGUUUAUACGACAACAACUGCACAGGAGUAGUUAAAGUCUCUAAUUACUUCAGAAGAGUGGCAGGAAUUGAUGAGAUCCAUUUUUCUGAAUUGGCUGCUGACUCAGAUGUCGUUACAUAUGUGAAACAGGAAUGUUCUUUUGGAUACUAUGGAGAAAACUGUAUGCAGCUGUGUCCCUCAUGCCGUGGAAAGUUUAGGUGCAACUCAGUAAUGGGCAGAUGCCCAGAAAAGUUAAUUUGCAUGGACCAAUUUAAAGGUGAAAUUUGUGAAUCAGGCCUCACCAGUUUAAAAUGCCCUCAAGAUCCUAUCUGGUGGUAUUGGAAUGGCAAUUGUUACUACAUAGAAAGGAAAGAGAUGAUGCCAUGGGAGCAGGGCUUAGCUCAGUGUACAUUUUAUAACAAUGCUAGUCUUGCUAAGCUAGAUAAUGAAGAA